CUAAGCUUAUAAUAACACCUUCAUUUCAUCACACACUGAUUCAAUCAAUAUUCAAUGAGGACAAAGCUAAGUUUUUUAUGGUGUGUUUGGAUUUACCUUUGUGGGUCUUGUGUUGGAAGAUUUGUGGUAGAAAAAAACAAUUUAAAAAUAACUUCUCCAAAAUCAUUGAGAGGUAUAUAUGAAUGUGCAAUUGGGAAUUUUGGGGUCCCAAAAUAUGGUGGAACCAUGAUUGGGACAGUUGUGUUUCCAAGGUAUAAUCAGAAUGGAUGUACCAAAUUUAAUGAUGGAGAUACAUCCUUGAGUGCCAAGCCUGGAAGCUUCCCUACCUUUGUUCUUGUUGAUCGCGGAGAUUGUUAUUUCACAUUAAAGGCAUGGAAUGCUCAGAUUGGUGGAGCAGCAGCUAUUCUUGUGGCAGAUGACAGGGUAGAACCAUUGAUCACCAUGGACACUCCUGAAGAAGGGAAUGGUGCUACAAACGAUGAUUAUAUUGAAAAGAUUACAAUUCCUUCGGCUCUUAUCAGCAAAUCACUCGGAGACAAUAUCAAGUCGGCUCUCAAAAGUGGAGCAAUGGUGAACGUAAAUCUUGAUUGGAGAGAGGCACUUCCUCACCCUGAUGAGAGAGUCGAGUAUGAGUUAUGGACAAGUAGCAAUGAUGAGUGUGGUCCAAAGUGUGAGAGUGAAAUUAAUUUUUUGAAGGGUUUUAAAGGUGCAGCUCAAUUACUUGAGCAAAAAGGGUUCACUCGGUUUACCCCUCACUAUAUAACUUGGUAUUGUCCAGAAGCAUUCAUCUUAAGCCAACAGUGUAAAUCUCAGUGCAUUAAUAAUGGGAGAUACUGUGCACCUGAUCCGGAGCAAGAUUUCAGUGUAGGGUAUGAUGGGAAAGAUGUUGUUAUUCAAAAUUUACGCCAAGCAUGCUUCUUUAAAGUUGCAAAUGAAAGUGGGAAGCCUUGGAAAUGGUGGGACUAUGUUACCGACUUUGCAAUCCGCUGUCCAAUGAGAGCGAAAAAAUACACUGAAGAAUGUUCAGAUCAAGUUGCUAAAUCUCUUGGUGUUGAUAUGAAUAAGAUUAAAGACUGUAUAGGGGAUCUCCGUGCAGAUGUUGAAAAUCCUAUUCUUAAGGCAGAACAGGAUGCACAGAUUGGCCAAGGGUCUCGUGGUGAUGUUACUAUACUUCCUACUCUUGUUAUAAACAACAGACAGUAUAGAGGCAAGCUCUCAAAAGCAGCGGUACUGAAGGCACUCUGUGCAAGUUUCCAAGAGACCACUGAGCCAUCAAUUUGUUUAACUCCAGACAUGGAAACAAAUGAGUGUCUGGCAAACAAUGGUGGUUGUUGGAAGGACAAAGCUGCCAACAUUACUGCAUGCAGGGACACUUUCCGAGGAAGAGUAUGUGAAUGCCCUAUUGUACAAAAUGUGAAGUUUGUUGGUGAUGGAUACACUCACUGUGAAGCUAGUGGACCUUUGAGGUGUGCAGUCAACAAUGGCGGUUGUUGGCAGGGAUCCCAAGGUGGAAGAGCUUAUUCUGCUUGUAUCGAUGACCAUACAAAAGGAUGCAAGUGUCCACCUGGAUUUAAGGGUGAUGGAUUCCACUCCUGUGAAGAUGUGGAUGAGUGCAAAGACAAAGUGGCAUGCCAGUGCCCAGAGUGCAGCUGCAAAAACACCUGGGGAAGUUAUGAAUGUAAAUGUAGUAACGGUUUGUUCUACGUCCGAGAAAGUGACAUGUGUAUUGGCAAGUACAGUGCUUCGGUGUCUAGCGGGGGAUUUGUUUGGAUGCUUAUACUGAUAUUAGGUAUUGGUGGAGCUGGGGGAUAUGCAUUCUACAAGUACAGAAUCCAGAGAUAUAUGGAUUAUGAGAUAAGGGCAAUAAUGGCUCAAUACAUGCCAUUGGAUAAUCAACCGGAGAACUCAAAUCAAGUUCAGCAUUCUGUCUAGAAAGUAGAAGAAGAUGCAGGAGAUUAUUAUAGUCAUAUUUCUAAGCUACACUAUCUGUCUGUUAUAUAGCUAGCUGUUUAGUUAUUCAUAUAUUAAUUAAUACAGAGACAAGCUAUUUUAUCAACAAGGCUCAGUUAGUAUCAUCCUUAAAUCAAUUUAGUGUGGCAGAGACUAGUUUGUGAAUUUUGUCGAUGACAUAUCACAAUAAAUAUUUUUGUUUAGGUACCAUAACGAGA